AUGUACAACGAGAUACAGGUGAGUCAGCUAAUUUGAAAUAUUUACUGAUUCUCGCUAUAAGAUGAAGCAUAGAGGACUCCAAGUCAACUUACCUGGGGGCCCAGUAAUUUCUCCCAUGGUAGUCGUAGAACUAUACUACCACACUUGCGCACACACACACACAGGCCAUACUCACAGACAUAAACAUUCAGAAACACACUCAUAUCCAUACAGCUAUGUAUUUCAAUACACACACUCCGCUACACACCCACAUAUACAUACCCAUCUACACAUGCACAUACACUCAACUACAGACUCCCAUAUAUAAACACUACCAUACAUACAGACAGAUACACACACUUGCAGACUGCAAAAUCCCUCAAUUUAAGUAAUAAAGCUGUAGCAGUCUGGGCAAUCAAAUAUUGCUCCCCAGCCAGUCUCCAGACACAUUAAGUAAAGGCCCACUGAUGGCCCCCAUAACAAACGAAGCCAGUAUUAAUCUGAGAUAUAGAGAGGUAUCAAUCCAUGGAUGUGGGUCAUGUGGAAAUAUUUAAGGAGGUGGAAAUGUGAGACUAGACAUGUGCAAUUUGUUUCGGGCCGAAUAUGAAUUCGGACGAAUUUCAGGCAAUUCGGACAUUCGGUUACUUCCGAAUAGCCGAAGUUCCGAAAUUACCAAAUUUCUGAAAUGAUGAAUUGCCGAAGGUCCGAAGCACAGUAUUGCCUAAGUAUUAAUAUACUUACCCACUGGAAGAAGAAGAAUGUUACAUUGUAUACAAUUUUAAAUAAAAAGUAUACAAACGUAGCCAGGAUUCAGCUGUAAGCAUUUGCAACACUUACAACAAUCAAGUAACAUACAUUUAUAUAAAAUGUAAGUUACUUAGCCAGUCAUGUAAUGACAGGAAUGAAUAAGUAGAUAACUCCCUAAUUCCCACGGUAUUAGGGAGCUAUCUACUAAAAGGCUGAAAGACCUAAAUUGGUCUUUUAGCCAAAUUUACUAAUACUAAGUACAGAUUACUUAGUAUUAGUAAAUUAUGCCCCUACUCGCUAUACCGCGAGUAGGGGCAUGUCUAUUAAACAGUGAGCAGCCUGAGGCUGCUCACUGUUUAAAAAAAAAAAAAAAAAAAAAGUCCAGAAUUGACUCAGUAACUCAUUCUGCAGUAUUAUAUGCAAAAUAUAAAAUAUAUAUUUUCAACAAGAUAAAAUGUUGAUAAAAUACUACAAUUGAUUUGAGAAUCCUCCCCAUCAUUUUCUCUUCUAUAGUAAAGCAUGAAAGGGAAGAGAUGUGUGCCUUAACUGACAUGUAUCUCCUCUGAUUAACUCCCAAGAGAUCUUGUCUUCAAGUCCAAUUAACAAUAAUAGAUGACUUCAUAACUCAAUGAUCUCUAAAAUUAGAUAAUCAAUGUGAUGGAGCUCCUGUACCUAGGCCGAGUACCUCCACCAGAUCAGUUAAAUCGGUGCUAUCGGGAGGAUCUGACAUGCUAUGGAUCCAUCCCAUUGCAGUCUCUCUGAUGAGAGAACUUUGGUCAUGCUAUCAGUGGAGUCGAUAUUAUUCUUCUAAUCCUAACGCAGUAUUCACAGAAAAGAGUAUAACUGUUUCCCCCAAAGCAUUAGCAAAGACUUAAUGUAGGGGUAAAACGGAACUCCUUUAUUGCACUCACAUAAUAUGUUUAUACUCCCUAGAUGUAGAUACCCCAUGCUAGUGAUGAUAGAUACAAUACAGUAUAACACAAUCCAAUCCCCUCCCUGGCACCACUCUAUUAUAUGAUCAGUCCAGAGUUAAUGAUAUUUCCCUUCUGCUGUGUCAUCUCCAGGCAGGGUGUCAGAGAAUCUGAGCUCCAAAACUUUCUUUCCCAACACAGUAUCCCCACAAACCAUACAUCUCUCUCUCUCAGCGAUGCACUGUCCAAAAAGCGGCAGAUCGUGGACAGAGGGUCCUGUGACAGGGUCUAUAGUCUGUGAGGAGGAGGCUGGCCUCCAAGCCCCUCCAUGAGUUAGGGGCACUCGGGCUUCCGUCACAGUCACACAUCAUGAAGCAUUGAGAGUAUACUCUGCUACAAAUAUCAGUGCUUAAUUAGUUUUGGAACAUUGGGGAUGAGGACUAUCUUCUAAAAAUAAAAACAUGUAUAUUAGUGAAAUCGGGGUUUUGGGGGUUCAAGUUGUUGUUUUUUUUUUUUUUACUUCUUCAGGGUAUUCCCCUGGAUCAACAUUAAUAAAAACAUCAGGAAAGGUGAAUGGCCAAGAAAAGGGUGAAAAAUCAAGUUGAGAGUAUAGAAGAAAAAUAGAAUGUAUUAGAGAGGGGCAGAUUUGGGGAGAAAGAGAAGAAAAACAGACAGCAGAGACAUAAGGUAGAAAGAGAGAAAAAAACUGAGAAUAGAAACACAGCAUACAAUUCAAAUUUAUUAAAGAGUGAAGAGGGUGUGGGUGUACUGUUUGAAAAGUAGCUUUAAUUUAAAAACACCCAUCUGAAAUUGUGGCAGUUUGGAAAUAAAAUGUUUGGUGUAAAUAAAUCAAUUAUUACGUUUUGUAUAUUUCUUUUUAACAGACUGAAUUAAUAGAAUUAGUAUACUAAUUAUUAUUUAUGUUUCUGUUCUAUUUUGUACUUUUCUUUAUCUCCCUCUCAUGCUGUCGUUUAUUGUCUCCUAUUAAUGCCUUUCUCUGUGCCUUCAAUCUUUUGCCCUUUACACAAACCCUCUUUAGCUAUUUUUUUCUUGGCCUUUCCUGCUUCUACUGUCUCUGCCUGUUACUACUAUAGGACCCACGGCUUUACCCACUGAGAACAAAACACAGUCACUGGAAAACAACGGCACUGAUCUGAAUAGUAAAAAUUCCAGCUCUCUGACCACCAUUGCCCCAACAUUGAUAAACAAUCAGUCUUCUGCUCCUCUGUUCACCAAGGUCACACAAGGUCACAAAAGUACAAGAGAGCACAUUCGUUACAUAACGGGUGGAACUGGUGAUGAUUACUAUGAAGAUGACAAUGAAGAAACAAUACCUCCCAUCCCACCGAACAUCAUUCUUGAGCCUUGCCCAUAUGAUCGCUGCAAACACUUGGAAACUCCAUGUGAGGAAACACAAAGGAGGGCACAAGGUAGAUGUCUUUGUCCUGGGAUAAAUGGACCAACAAUCCGUCCAAGUAGGCCUCAUCUGACUCAAAUAAUCCCUGGGGAAAGAUAUAUUAACAUGAGCUGGUGCUCUCCUCUGUCCACUGUCCAUGGUUAUAAGGUACUUUAUGGUCCUCCUACAGGCUUGUUGGAGAGAGGGCCUGUUCUUAAUGACUCGUUUCGAUUUUGCAUCAUAGAGGGACUCCUACCAAAUACCCCUUAUCGAGUUUGCAUAUUGGCUUUUAAUGACGCAGGAGAAAGUCCUGUUGAAGAGGGAAAUUUAGAAUUGGACUCUGAAACAACCGUGUCCUGCAGAUUUAUUCAUACAACAUCAUCCAAGGAGUUAUAUAUUUAUGUUGGGGUGGGACUGGCUGCCCUAGCAGGGUUGGUAGGGCUAGUCGUUCUUGGGUACUGCUUGUACAAGAAGAGAAAGAGCAACAAAGAAACUAAUUGGGAAGACAUGGUAUUACCAGACCAGUUAUAUAGGGGGCACAGUGUUGAGCAGUUGUAA